AUGUUAAAGCUAGAGCUUAGUUGGAGCAAUGUUGCGGCCGUCGCCGGCAUCUACGCUGUUUACAGCGUCGCAAAGGCGAUUUACCGAGUCACUUUGCACCCCCUCGCACGCUUUCCGGGCCCGUUGCUGGCUGCGCUUACUUACAAGUAUGAGUGGUAUUAUGAUGGGUUCAAAGACGGCCAAUACACCGCUGUGAUAGCUCAGAUGCACGAGAAAUAUGGCCCUGUUGUCCGUAUCAACCCCGAAGAACUUCAUUGCAACGACCCAGCAUUCAUAGAUACCAUUUACGUGAGCGGCAAUAAGAGAAGGCAUAAGUCUCAGUACUUCCUCAGGGCUUAUGGACCGACAUCGGCAUUGGGUGGCUUCGCCACGGCAGACCACGACCAUCAUCGACUUCGUCGCGGUGCUGUUAAUCGCUUCUUCUCCAAGGCUUCCAUCACAAACCUCAAUCCAACAAUUCAUGACCUAACGCAGCGUCUUUGCAACAAAUUGCUAGAGCGCUCACCGGAACCAUUUGAUAUUACCAAUGCUUAUAGCUGCUUUACCACAGACGUCGUGACGUUCUACUGCUUCGGGCAGAAGAAAGGAUUUUUGGAUCAGGAUGAUUUUGUACCGAACCUGCGCAAUGCGAUCAUCGGUGGCUGUAAAAUGCUUCCUACAGUUCGACAGUGGCCAACUAUUUUUGGGCUAGUCCAAAGCGUGCCAGAGUUCGUACCCCUUUAUCAGAUCAUCACCGAGGAUAUCAGGAAAAUAAAAGAUGCAUACGAGGAAGGCCGGGAAAAGGCCAUCAUGGAGCAACGAAGUAUCUUCAUUGAUAUACUCGAGAGCGACUUGCCCCCGAGCGAGAAGACUGUGAUACGUCUUGGAACAGAGGCUACCACAAUGAUCAGUGCCGGUACAGAAACAACGGCUUGGACACUCACUGUUCUUACUGUUUAUUUGAAAUCUCAACCAGAAAUUCUUGCGAAGUUGACGGAUGAACUUAACCGGGCAGUUGAGGAUCCUAAGAAUCUUCCGAGCUGUGCCGUUAUCCUCGAAGGCAUUCGACUCUCAUAUGGAGUGGCGACUCGACUAGCCCGCAUUGCCCCUGACGAAGUCCUCGUUUAUGAAGGGACUUUCAAGAACCCCAAAUCAUCAACAGAGACACAUAUCAAAUACUCCAUUCCGAGAGGCACACCAAUCGGCAUGAGUAGUGCUCUGAUGAACGUGCAUCCCGACAUAUUUCCAGAGCCACACGAAUUUAAACCAGAACGUUGGCUUAAUGCUGAUGGCACACGGCGAAAGAAUCUUGAAGGCUAUCUUCUCAGCUUCUCUAAAGGUAGCCGACAAUGCUUAGGCAUGAACCUUGCAUAUUGUGAGCUAUAUAUCGCCUUAAGUGCACUUGUGCUUCGCGUGUUUCCUCACUUGAAAUUGUAUGAGACUUCGGUCGCAGAUGUUGAAUUUCAUCAUGAUUGUUUUGUUGCAGGUGUCAGGCCGGAGAGCAAGGGAGUCAGAGUUGUUAUCGAGUGA